AACGCCUUUUGAAAUGGGAAAUGCAGUGAGGACUCCAUGCUUUCAACACAUGACCAACUCAUCAACAUCAUCAUCAUCAGCGAAACUCAUCUUUUGGGAAGGCACAGCAAGAUCCCUUAAAGGGAAACACAUAGCUGGUGAGAUCAUGUUUGAGUUCCCUGACAAGAUUGUGUGCCAUGCAGACUCUUUCUUCAUUGGACACCCAAUACCAGCUUUAUCCAUAGAUGAUGAACUCAUGCCUGGUCAAACCUACUUUGUUCUUCCCAUUGAUCGCUUUGCAUGUGACACUCUCUCGUUGUCUUCCAUUGCUGCCUUUGGAUCUUGCCCUAACAAGUCCCCUAUUAAGUUUGGGGCAUGCCCCUUUCAGUACUUGAAGGGUUCUAAUGGAAGGGUCCUUAUAAAGGUCAUGCCAGAGUUCAUCACUACGCUUAUGAGUGGAGAUAAAGAGAAUAAUGGAGCCCCUGGUAGCCCCAGCAACAGUUUCCUCUGUAGUACUCCUGAGUUGCAAAAGCAUUAUGAACAACUUGUCAAGUCUAAGGACCAGGUGUGGUCUCCUAAGCUUGAAACCAUUUCGGAAUACAAGAUUAGGUUUUCACCAUGCAGAUUCAUAGGCUUAGAAUGGAAAGAAAAAGAAAAGUCACGGGAAAUUUUCACUGGAUAGUUCAUAUAUAUAUAUAUAUAUGAAACCUUAAUUAGUUAGAAGUAGUCCACAUAAAAUUAAUUUGUACACUGUUAUAUAUAAUUUUGUAUACAUUUCUAGAUUUAUUUCUGGCCUUCCCGGAUAAUUAGCUUCGAGUUUUAAUUUAAUUAAUUCCUUCUUGUUAAUAAUUUUGUGGAAAUGAUAUGAUGGAAAUUAAUUUGUUUC